AUGCCAGAUUCAACUAGAGGCGAGUCCUCCAGAAGGCGCAGUAGAUCGCGCGAGGCCCGCAGAGACGACUACAGGGCGCGCGACAAGGACAGAGACCACCACAAGCGUCGCUCACGCUCUCGUUCGCGCGAGGCCUCCCCACGCAGCAGCGCACGGAGACGCUCGCGCUCGCGGAGCCCUAGAGGACGGCCGCACUCUCAUUCUCGGCGCCGGUCGCACUCUCGUGAGCGGUCGAGGGAGCGGCACCGGCAUCACCGCCGUAAACGCUCUCGGUCUACGUCUUCGUCGAGCUCUUCGUCGAGCGAGGACGGGUCUGAGCGCAGGAAACGGAGGAAGGAGAAGAAGAAGGAGCGCAAAGAGAAAAAGAGGGAGAAGAAAGACAAGAAAAAAAAGAAAAAGAGCGCAGCCGCGAGCUCGCACUGGGGCAAGUACGGCGUUAUCAGCGAGUCCGACUUCUACAACAAAUCGCACGAGUUCCGCACCUGGCUCCUCGAGGAGCGCAAGGUCAACCCCGAGACGAUCUCGAAAGACCAGGAGCGCAAGGACUUUGCCGUCUUCGUCGAGGACUUCAAUACCGCCACCCUCCCCCACGAAAAAUACUACAACAUGGACGCCUACGAAACGCGCAUGGCCUCCCUCCGCGCGGGCGAGACCCUCCCGCCCGCGGACGACGGGUACGACCCCGCCGCGGACCUGCGCGCGCACGGCGCGGCGCACAGGCGCGCGGCGGUCGAGCACGAGAGCUACCUGAGCAAGGAGCAGCUGCUGGAGCUCAGGCGCGUGCAGCACGAGCGCGUGCAGGCGGCGAAGAUGAAAAGGAUGGGGAUGGAGGUGGGGCAGAGUAUGGGUGUUCGGAUGGAUGGGACGAAGUUUGAUGAGGUGUAG